GACUGGUGCAUAUUGGGGGAGGAGUCAGUGGGUGCUGGGGAGACAAUGGAGUCGGUGCAGAUGAUGUUGGUGCUGAUGCUGCUGCUGCCGGGGACCUUUGUCUAUGCCCAGCUGCAGGUUUCCACUCCCCCCUCCCCCAUUGUUGCUCAGCUUGGAAGCUCCGCCUCCCUGCCCUGCACCUUCACUCUGGGGGUGGAGCCAGUAGAUCCCGCCCAGGUGCAUGUGGUGUGGAAGAAGGAGGGCACUAAGGUUCUGGCCUAUGUGGGGGAGCUGAGCACCCCGAGACCUGGAGCCCAACUCUCUGAGGAACGUCUGGCACAGGGCGAUGCCACCCUCACCCUCCCCAAUGUCACUGACUCCGACACCGGCCGAUACUCCUGCAACAUCCGACUGUCAUCUGAGCAGGACACACAAACUGUCACAUUGCUGGUCACGGAUACCCGUCAGAUUUGGGUGGAAGGAACCAUGGUUGUUGCAGAGCAGUCCAAUGAGCUCCAGUGUGGGGCCAGCAACUUGUCCUCCUCUGAUGUGGUGAUUGAGUGGGUGAGAAAUGGGCAAGUCCUGAGCACCUCUGCUCCUCACAUUGUGGAAAACACGGAUGAUCAAGGCUUUAUGGUGCAAAGUUCCUAUUGUCUCACCCCCACCAUUAAUGAUACCUGGGCCCAUUACUCCUGCCAGGUCCUGCAGAAGAACUUUCCUCACCUGCUAAAGAAGACUUUCCAGCUGACAUUGGGAGCUCGCCCGGACAUAUUCUUUCUCUUAUGGGGCAAAGGGCAGAAGAAUUCCUCUCUGGUUUGCCUGGUGUCCGGCUUUUAUCCCGAUGAACUCAGUGUCACGUUGAAGAAAGAUGGGCAGGUUCUUACUGACAAUGCCCGAAAGUGGGUGAAUCCAAAUGGCACAUUCUCACUGGCGGUUAUUUACCCAUUCAAUGUGACCAUGCAGGAUGAUAACAUUGAAUUCACAUGCACCGUCACUCACCCAACCAUUCCCAGAGGGACCACAGAAAGACUAUGCUUUUUGGUUGAUCAAUAUGUGCCCAAAGUAUUCUGGAUGAUUCUUUCUGCAGGGCUCCUGUUGGCAUUUGUACUGCCCUCCCUGUGCAAGCAUGUGACUGACAUAGCCGUUUGCAAGGACUGGACAGAAGGAAGCACGGCCAUGCUAAAGUGCAGCAUCUCUGGGCUCUACCCAAUGUCCAUAACAGCAGUAUGGCUGGUCCGGCAGGGGGAGAAGGAACUUGAGAUAAAGGAGAGAGGAUCCCAACACCCUGUUGGAGAUUACAGGGAGCUACAAGAACAGGAUUCCUACACCUGUUGGAACAUAGUGAAAAGCACCUGGGUGUGCAACCUGCGCCAGUCCCUCUCCUCCGUCCUCUGCUUCCAGGUGCAAAAGGACAGGCACAACCAGGCUGAAUUCAUCUGCAGGUUCAUGAGGAGAAAUAAUAUCCUGGGGGAGAAGCACUACUUUGGUAAUGUCCUGGAUAAUUAUGGGUUCUACUCUGUAUCUGAGAUCUGCAUCCCCGAGGAAUGUAAUGUGGGCGAGAAGCUGACACUGACUUGCUGCAUGCAAGGGAAUGUCCCACAAGAAAUCAGAGUAAUGUGGGAGAGGUGCCAGGGUGAGGAGAGGACACCCAUCUCCAAGGAACAAGAUGGGACCUACCAUAUCACAGAGAAUAAAUCAGCAGGGAUGUUCUCAACCUUCCUCACAUUCAACCUCUCAAACAUGGAUUCUGGGGCAUCUUUCUCCUGUUCCUUCUCAGAGAACGAGGGCAGGAUCCUGGCAGAACGCAGUUCCAUGUCCUUGAAAGUGACAGAACCAAAGGAGAACACCUGGUCAAAAACUUACCAGGACUGGGGUUUCCGGGCAUUUGAUGAAACUGGCAUCACUGAAAUAUGAAAGACACCGCUACAAGGUUGUGCGGGUCCCGUUCCUCAUUACCUGGUUCCAUCUAUGAUUCACCUUUCAUCCUGCUGGAGAUACAACAAGAUGUUUGUGAGGAUCUAUAGUCCAUCUGCAUCAAAGAAGAUAAUGUCAGCAUGUGGGGCCAAUAGGAAUGGAUUGUGUGUUUGAUUCAGUGUGGCCCCAACAUCAUAAUUCCAUGUGCUGCAAAUGUGGUGCCUCUGGGAACCAAACCCACACCGUGUGAACUGCAAUGUUGCAACUCAUCAUUGGCCUUUCCUCAAAAGUGGGCCAGUAACACAUUCACCAUACAGUACAUCACCAAAGCUCAGAAGAACUGGCUGGCAUGUGGAAAUUAGCCUUGCUGUAAGAGAGAUAGUCACACAUCCCACAAAAGUGCCAACUCGUGCCUGAUAAGUGGCAUCAGCCUUUCUGGGACUCAGAGUCAUUCAUAUUCCCAAUAAAAGCUCAAGGGAACUCAUAGGAAACAGGACCAGUUGGUCAACAAAAAUACAAAUGUCCCAGAGUCAUUUGUUUUUAAUUCACUGUGGGCUACAAAACAACAGCUAGAAGCAUGGAUGAUAAGCCUCCAAGACACCAAUACUUUCCUUAGCAAUGAAAACAGACUAAGAAAAUGUCAGUGCAGGGCAUAUGAAGAUCCAAGUUGGGCAUUUCUCUAUCUCCUGUAUCUGAGCAGUGGAAAAUACUGACUGUGAGAAUAUUUUUGGGUUCCAUGUGUGAUGGAAACCAGUGGAAUAAAAUUCAACAAAAUUCCACAUCAGAAGCUGUAAACUUAACCUCUAAGCCAAUGGUCAUGCUAUAGACAUCAUCACUGUACUUCUCUACUACACUGUCUGCACUCAUCUUCAGCUUCUCACGUUAUACUCAAUGUCAUACUCUGGUCAUACUCCAUAUACACCAUAUCCAGUUGUCCCCAAACAGUGGCUCGUGUGUAACAUGUUGCUCACCAACCCCUUGGAUGUUGCUCCCAGUGGCUCCAGCCCAAGUGCUUUUUAUUAGAUUCCUGGCAAGAUGUACUCCAAACAGAGCCACCUAUAGGUUGCCAGUCCAAUCAGAGGCUGGCAAAUAACCAAUCACAAUUCUUAUUUGGCACCCCAAGAAAUGUUAUGGUCAGUGUGUUGCUCCCCAACUCAUUUUACAUUUGACUGUGGCUCACAAGUAGGAAAGGUUGGGGGGGGGCCUGCUCUUAUCUAUUCUACUACUCAAUUGCCAUACUCUUACCUGACCCACAUUACUCUUUGUAUGGUCAUACCCUUUCCUACAACUAUCAGAGUCAUACUCAGGUCAUAUUCUUAUCUGUACUACUACUCUACAUGGCCAUACUCUUCCCUGCCCCACAUUACUCUUUGUAUGGUCAUACCCUUUCCUACAACUAUCAGUGUCAUACUCUUAUCUAUACUACUACUCUACAUGGCCAUACUCUUCCCUGCCCCAUAUUACUCUUUGUAUGACCAUAAUCUUUCCUGUCUUACAACUAUCAGAGUCAUACUCAGGUCAUACUCUUAUCUGUACUACUACUCUACAUGACCAUACUUUUCUUUGCCCCACAUAACAUAGUGCCAUAUUCUUCAGCUAUCUCAGGUUAUGUUGUUUUUAUCCAUUAUUUUACACAUCACUGAUCUAGAACUCUGUCGUCAUAGUCAUUACAUCCCUAAAACUCUCUGUCUGUCUCUAACUCUAAACAUGGCACUCAGUAGAGCUAAGGGGAUCUACACCCUUAGCAGCUACUCAAUAUGAAUUCUACAGCAAUAUGUAUUGGAAGCUACUAGACAUCUACACUGGUAGGGUAUUGGGUAUUGGGUAUUUUUAAAGUGAAUGGCUUUCCAUUCUGGGCAGUAGUUGGCCUUUAAUUACUAUAUGUAAGAUGUAAGGCAUCUUAUCUGAGGAUCUGCCCUUGGGCCACAUUAUUUGUGAUAUCAGUGGCAGCAUGUGACUUUGGGCCAGGGAUGAGACAAAGUGGUGGGCAGAACAUAACCAUGCCUAUGGUAGUUGCCUAAUUGCUUCUAUGCAGCCAUGAUUUGCCCCAGAUAUGUUGGUUUCAUGACUGGAUUAACAGAAACUCAUCUCUUUCCCUGCACGUUGCUGUCAUUAAGCUGAGCCGGGUCAUACUCCAUACCCCUAUAUGCUUCUCUGUUGCCGUAACACUUUGGUACCAUAUUUAAUGCUGUUAUAGAACACAUCAUAAUCACUCCCAAUACAGAGCAUAUCCUCAUACAGUUGUACUUGGUACUGAUAUACAAUAUUUUCCCAAGAAGGCCACCAGCCACGACACCUUUUCUAUUGGUGAAUGUGCCAUCCUGACUGGGUACCCUGUGCCCGUGGGUCUCACUCUCCAUAUCAGCAAAGAAUUAGCCAGUGACUCUCAUUAUCAAGUUCCUCUGACUGCAGAAAUAAACGUGAAUAUGAUGAUAAAAAA